UCUUAAAUCCUUUCUUGUUGUUGUAAUGAAUUAUUUACAGUCGUGUUUUCUUUCAUUAUAUGUUAAAUCAUUUGUAGGAAAUACACUUUAUGACACUGUCAUGAAUCAUUAUGGGUCACUUUACUUGGGCUAAGUAUUAUGACCAUCAUAUAAUGAUAUAAGCCAGAUAGGUCUACCAUGUACAUGCCCUUAUGUCAAUCAUCAGUCAAAAAGGAGGGUGUCUUGUCCUGCUCCUGAUUCCUGCUCCUGCAGUCAUCAGCCACAGAGCAUUGGGGUAGGUGCAAUUACAAUGAUAAUUGAAUAUGGUCAAUUAAUAUUUUUUGUAUAUGACAUAAGCAUAUUGUUGACACGUAGGCUAUGGUGUAAAGCAAUGUUUUGCCCUGUGUGGUAGGUUUUGUGGGUUUUGACACUCUUAUGUAGGUGUGUGUCAUAACCAGUCACAAUAUAACAGAAUAUACAGUAUUUCACAAUAGGUUUAAAGAUCUGUGUCAUGACAGUAUUAUGAACAUAUUAAAACAGGUUAUGGCAGGUUAUGUCAGCUGUUAUGACACAUUAUGACAUGGUUACGACAGUGCCAUAACGUUUUAUGACGCUGGGUGGGUUACCAAGAUUUCCGUAGAUGACUGCAGUAACUACGUGCACUACUUUUCACGCUGUGUGGUUAGCUAGUAAGCAUUAAGCAGAGGAUGAAAGGCAAUCGCAGCAUCACAGGAAGUGAAACUUCUGAGUAGACACACAGCCACUACAGUAUAAAACCUACAGCAUCACCUCAGACAACCUGAACAGAAUCAGAACACGGCAGCAGUGAGACAACCAGACCAAGACUACAACACAGCAGUGACCUUUCACUAAGGACGACAAGACUAACAAACAAAUCAUGGGUUCUACUUCAAACGUACACGUUUUGAUGGUGCUGUGUUUAAUGGGGUUGUUGGUGAUGAUGAUGAUGAUGGGUGCAGAGGCUGCCCCCCACGUCCAUCCAGGGUUGACAGGGAGACGCUCACAGAACAACCUUCAGGGACACAAGAAGCCUGUAGAGCCUUCAGCUCCAAACACAAUAACUGUCCCCCUGCACCUGGACCCGAGCAACUUGAUUCCUUCCCGUCCCAUCAGAUCCAUUGGGAACCAGUCCAUCUCCCCAUGGACUACCAACACCACCUAUGAUGAGUCCCGCUUUCCCCAAACCAUCUCGGAGGUCAGGUGCUCUCUGGAGGGCUGUCUGAACGUCGCGGGUAAGGAGGACAGGAGCCUGGAGUCCAAACCUAUUUACCACCAGAUCCUGUUCCUGAGGAAGGUGAUGGGGAGCGAGGACAGAUACUACUACCGGCUGGAGGCAAAGAUCAUCGCGGUGGGCUGCACCUGUGUCAGGCCUAGCAUUGAGUACCAACAGUAAUGAUAUCAGUGCGGUGAGGUCAAGCCUGGUGGUGCAGCUGGUUGGGCCGUGAGUGUUGGCAAUACCAAGGUUGUAGGUUCGAUCCCCACAUUCAUUGAAAGUAUUUGUGUGUUAGUUUUAUGGAGCUUUGGCUCUAUGUCAUUGAAAGAUCGAUUUGAAUAAUCAAAUAUGGAUAUAUUUUCUAUUGAGCUUUAAAUCACAAAAUUAAUUAUGUAUUUAUUCAGUAUAUGGUUCUAUUUAUUUUUGGGUUAUUUAAUGUAUUGGAUGAUAUUUUGGUAUUUAUUGAAUAAAGAAAUU